AUGCCGCAGGGACGGAACAAGUGCGUGAAAUUGAAGGAUGGCUAUGGGGGAAAAGAGGGACUUGUGGUGAUACUUCCUAUGCUGUGUCCUUCCAGAAAAAUAAAGGGCCCUCGAGUCCGGGAGAUUCUGACCCCGCCCUGGUCCCAGGCAGACGAGCCGAUGCCACCUGGACCUGGCCUCGUACAUCCCCAGUCCCCGUGCCGAUUCACCAGUUCUCUGGCUCUGGGACGGAGGAGUCUUUUCUUGCAAUCCUUUAUGGCUCUGCGAGAGAUGUGCAUCAGUGGGGAGACCCUGCCAGUCCAAGAUCCCUUCCACGCCAUUCGCCGCCACUUGGCCGCUGCCUACCCACAUGAUCGGAGUCUCAAGUCAAGUGGGGGUCAGGUGUUGGAGUCAUGUCGAAUGAGCAGCCGAAGACUUUUGACCAUCCUGGGAGGAAACGAAUUCCGAAAUGCAGUCCUCGACGGAACCAAAAUACUUCUGGACAACAUCCAUGAAUCCAUCACGUCACCCAGAAGAAAGAAAACGUCCAAAAAGUGUCUCAGGGAGACUUUGAUUCAGGACUCCAUCCAACUUGUGAGCCAGUUGAUGGCAAAAGGAGACUGGAGCCAGGAAUUGAAUUGCUUGGUCCUGGAAGAAGUUGUCACCUUUGUCAUGAGACUUUUGGACUUCAUCCUCCAAAUAUCUGGGAUUAACAAGGUGGAAGAGGUGCAAAAUGCAGCUGAAGUAGUUUACAUGUUUGCUCAGCAUCCUAUCAGCGGCCCUGUUAUCAUUGACCGGCUCAUUCAUCAGCUGACUAUGAUGUUGAUGAAGCCACAAAGAUGCCUUAUUGUCGAAAACCUAGGCCAUUGGUUUAAAAUCUUAUUCCUCUCUGUGCCAAAACUCUUGGCUCAUGAUACCAACAUUGGUGACAGUGUAUUGGCACAGCUGUCAUCACUUUGGCAGAAGGUUCUGAUGGGAACUACUCGCUCCCAAUUUGCUCAGAUCGAGUGGGGAAUCUACAGUGUUUGUCUCCUUUUAGAGGAACUAGACUUGCAAGAAAAGAUUAAUUUAAAACAGCCAACCAAAGAAUAA